CAAAGGCGCGGAGAGGAAGCCUCAACACACAAAAUGUCAGUAGAAUAGGUGAAAUACCUAGUAGAACCUGCCAUGAACCAUUUUGAAGGACCACCCGAAGGAGAGGUCAGUGAUGAACUAGGCAGUAGAGAAGUGAAUGAAUCUGUAGAGGCAGACCUAGAACAUUCUGAAGUAGAGGAAGAACAGCAACAGUAUGCCAUUCAUUACCCAAGAUGUGCCAAUGGCAGCCGUGAACGACCUUCUAGGCAAGAAGAGGAAAGCACCUUAGCACGGUCAGCCAGCACUGAAAGUGGCUUCCAUUAUCAUACUGACACUGCUGAAGGAGACGUCAUAGCCAUAGCAGGAGACAGCUAUGAAGGUGACAGAGUGCUGGAGAAUGAGGACGAGAGUGCCUAUGGGGUGCAGUACCGACCUGAAGCAGAAGAGUACAUUGAAAAUGCUGAGUCAGAGCAUGCCGAAACCGUUCAUAACCGAACUCUUCCCAACCACUUGCACUUUCAUUCCAUUGAGCACGAGGAAGCCAUGAAUGCAGCGUAUUCUGGGUAUGUGUACACUCACAGACUCUUCCACCGAGGGGAAGAUGAGCAGUAUGCCGAGCCCUAUGCUGAUUAUGGGCUGCAGGAACACGUGUAUGAAGAGAUAGGUGACACACCUGACCUUGACGUGCGGGAAGGUCUUCGACUGUAUGAGCAAGAGAGAGAAGAAGCUGACAACUAUCGAAAGGAAGCUUUGGGUGCACGACUCCACCAUUAUGAUGAGCGCUCCGACGGGGAGUCCGACAGCCCUGAAAAGGAGGCGGAAUUUGCCCCGUAUCCUCGUAUGGACAGUUACGAACAAGAGGAAGAUAUAGACCAAAUAGUAGCUGAAGUCAAACAAAGCAUGAGUUCUCAGAGCCUAGACAAAGCUGCCGAAGACAUGCCAGAAGCAGAACAAAAUGAGGACACUAACAUUCCUGCUAAUAUGCGCCAUGAAAGUAGCAAUCAGGUUUCAAUGAACGCUAAAGUACCUGUUAAUGCAGGCGAAUCAGUGCAAAGAUAUAGUAAGGAAAAAAGAGAUGCCAUAUCACUGGCAAUUAAAGACAUUAAGGAAGCUAUUGAGGAAGUGAAAACAAGGACUAUUCGUUCUCCAUAUACUCCAGAUGAACCCAAAGAACCCAUCUGGGUGAUGAGACAGGACAUCAGCCCGACCAGGGAUGGUGAGGAUCAAACACCACUAGAGGGAGAUUCUCCAUCUCCUGAUCCAUCUUCACCUCAAGGUGCUGAAUCGUCAAGUAUACAACAUCAUCAAGAUGUCUGCGGUACAGCAGAAACCCCCACCAAUAAGGAGUCAAGGAAGAGCUUGGCUUCUUUCCCAACCUAUGUUGAAGUUCCAGGACCUUGUGAUCCUGAAGAUUUAAUCGAUGGAAUCAUAUUUGCUGCCAAUUAUCUUGGCUCUACUCAACUCCUUUCGGACAAAACUCCAUCCAAGAAUGUGAGAAUGAUGCAGGCUCAGGAAGCGGUGAGCCGUAUUAAGAUGGCCCAGAAAUUAGCCAAAAGCAGAAAGAAGGUUCCUGAAGGUGAAUCUCAGCCCAUGACCGAAGUUGAUCUUUUCAUUUCAACACAGAGAAUAAAAGUGCUAAAUGCAGACACUCAGGAAACGAUGAUGGAUCAUCCUUUGAGGACCAUUUCCUACAUUGCAGAUAUCGGAAAUAUUGUUGUAUUGAUGGCUCGAAGGCGAAUGCCAAGAUCAAAUUCUCAAGAUAAUGUGGAGGCAUCUCAUCCUUCUCAGGAUGGGAAGAGGCAGUACAAAAUGAUCUGUCAUGUUUUUGAAUCUGAAGAUGCACAAUUAAUUGCACAGUCCAUUGGCCAGGCAUUCAGUGUGGCAUACCAGGAAUUCCUGAGGGCAAAUGGAAUAAAUCCUGAAGACCUGAGUCAGAAGGAAUACAGUGACCUCCUCAAUACCCAAGAUAUGUACAAUGAUGAUCUGAUCCACUUCUCAAAGUCUGAAAACUGCAAAGAUGUUUUCAUUGAGAAGCAGAAGGGUGAAAUUCUGGGCGUAGUGAUUGUAGAAUCUGGGUGGGGAUCCAUCUUGCCUACAGUUAUCAUAGCCAAUAUGAUGCAUGGGGGACCAGCAGAGAAAUCUGGAAAGCUGAAUAUUGGAGACCAGAUCAUGUCUAUCAAUGGGACUAGUUUAGUUGGCCUGCCACUCUCUACAUGCCAGAGUAUCAUAAAGGGUUUAAAAACACAAGCCAGAGUGAAACUGAACAUAGUGAGAUGUCCUCCAGUAACUACGGUACUCAUUAGAAGACCAGACCUCAGAUACCAACUAGGCUUCAGUGUACAGAAUGGCAUUAUCUGUAGUCUUAUGAGAGGAGGGAUUGCAGAGCGAGGAGGAGUCCGAGUGGGUCACCGAAUUAUUGAAAUAAAUGGACAAAGUGUCGUAGCAACACCUCAUGAAAAGAUUGUUCAUGUUCUCUCAAAUGCUGUUGGUGAGAUUCAUAUGAAGACUAUGCCAGCUGCCAUGUACAGACUCUUGACUGCACAGGAACAACCCGUUUACAUCUAAAGCUGACUCUUCCAGUGUGCAUGGAGGAGAUUCCUUCUCAUUAGUGGUGGUGUUUUCUUGGGCUGCGUUUUGAUGUCUGCAGCAGCAUCUCUCUUCUUCUUUUCUUACCUUUGAUCAUUCCGUUGGGUAACAGAUGGCAUUUUUGGUUGCGCCUUUUUACAACUAGUUUUAUGUAACUUAAGAAUCUCUAAUAUACACGUGCAUGCACUUCUUCAAGCUAUGUCAUUUAUGUUUUGUGGCUCGUAUGAUAGAAAACACAAGUAUCCUAAAUAAAAAUAAAAGUUAAAAAGCUCUUUUCACCGACAGACGGCAGGGUAAAGUUCUCAAAUUUAUGAAAAUAGAUAGGAUAUUGAUCUGUUUCUCUUAUAAAGUUGCUGUGCCAAAGGUAGGAAAGCAACAUUAUAAUUUUACCCUAAACAAAUAGUUAAAUAUGGUUUGAAGGAGACACUGAUUUCCUUAUGUAAUUAAAAAUCUAUAUAAUGGAAAUCUAUUACUAAAAGAUGGUGUUUAGCUUUUGCUGAUAGACCUCCAGACUUUUAAAGGCGUAUUGUCUAUGGGAGAUAUUAUUUUACAAUUUUUCCCCUUGAGUUCAAAAACUUUCCUCAUAUUUCCAAAAAGUCAUGUAUUUCUUGAAUACAAUACGAUUUUUCAAAAGUGGCUUUUCUAAUUCCUACUUUCUUUGCAAGAUGAAUGAUAAAUUCUAAAUAUCCAGUAAAACCAGUAUGGGGAUAUGAGGAAAAAGUUUUGCUAGACUUUCUAUUCUUUUUCCAUUGUGGGCAUAAUACGUUUUUACAUUUUAAGUGUAUGCUUGUUACAAGAAUUUUAACAAGUCUGCAUACAGUACUACUUUUGU